UGUCCGUCAGUGUUGUUUUAUUCGAGACAGCAGAAACCGCUAUGUGUGAUGGCGGUCUGUGAGCGCGGCGCCGGGGGAAACUGAGCCUUUCAACAGCGAGUAGCUUAUUCAGGUCGGUUUGAAGAUGAAGUUCAGAUAACUACGGUUUAAAGUGGGCCGGGAAGAGUUUCUUUUCACGGAGGGAAAUGGAAAAGCCGCCGCUGUUGUUUUCCUCUCAGCUGAGCCUCCACAACCGGCUCUGUGAGGCGACUUUAAACAGCGCUUUUCUCUCCUGGAAAGAGGUCGAAACGAGACAAAAGCGGGCCGCUGGCGGUGUGUACGGUCCUCUGAAGGCUGCAGGCAGCCACUACGUACCAGUGUGUGAGAUCAUAUCCGUCCAGGAGACGGAGGACGACUGCCCAAGCACAGAUGUAGGAAAGUGGCAGAAAGUUCCACAAAGUCUACCUGAAUCUAACCAGCAUGCUUUCACGGUGUCCUAUGUGGAGAGGACUCAGAAACACCGCUGGCGGUGCAGUGAAGUCACCCUCCAGUGCACUGAUAGGACACUGUGUCUGCAAUGGGUCCAAGCCAUCAGGGAGCAACUCUCACUAUUGACUAUCCGACCGAAGCGCUUGCUGGUCUACAUAAAUCCCUACGGAGGGAAACACCAUGGGAAAAGGAUUUAUGAGCAGAAAGUAGCCCCAAUUUUUUCCCGUGCCUCUAUUUCUACUGACGUGAUUGUAACAGAGCGGGCGAAUCAUGCCAGAGACCACUUGAAAACGGAGGCUGAUCUCAAGAAAUACGACGGUGUGGUUUGUGUUGGCGGAGACGGCAUGUUCAGUGAAAUCAUACAUGGCCUAAUCUCCCGUACGCAGUGUGACUCUGGUAUAGACCAGAACCGUUCAGAUGAGGAUCUGGUACCUUGCACCCUUCGUAUCGGCAUCAUUCCUGCAGGUUCGACUGACUGCAUAUGCUACGCUACGGUUGGCUCGAAUGACCCCGUGACCUCGGCUCUGCACAUCGUCGUGGGAGAUUCCCAGCCAAUGGACGUCUGUUCCAUCCACCAUAACCACACCUUUCUCCGCUACUCUGUCUCGCUGCUUGGUUAUGGUUUCUAUGGCGAUGUACUGACUGACAGCGAGAGGAAGCGCUGGAUGGGCCCAGCUCGCUAUGACAUCUCAGGUGUUAAAACGUUUCUGUCACAUCGCUACUAUGAAGGGACAAUCUCUUUCCUUCCUGCUGAUGAGAAUGUAGGGACUCCACGAGACAAGCUGCAGUGCCGAUCUGGGUGUAAUAUCUGCAGGCUGCCUUCAGCUGACAAACAGGUUUCCAAAGAUGAAGAAAGUGUCUCAGAUACUGAGACAAAAGGAGUGUGGCAGGUCAUCAGGGGAAAGUUUUUGGCCAUCAAUGCUGCAUGUAUGAGCUGCGCUUGUCCUCGUAGCCCCAAAGGCCUGUCUCCUUCUGCACACCUAGCCAAUGGCACAGCUGACCUCAUCCUGGUGCGCAAGUGCUCACGAUUUGACUUCUUCCGCCACCUGCUGCGUCACACCAACAAAGACGACCAGUUCGACCACCCGUUUGUGGAGGUGUACCGCGUGCGACAGUUCCGCUUCAAGCCCAAGUAUGAGGAGACUGACUCUGAGCUGGAGCUAGGGGAGGUUGAGGGCACUGGUCAUAAACGCUUCUUCAGCCAGAUAUGCAGAGAGCAUCCGGCAUGCAGCUGCAGCCUGGCGCACAGCAGCUGGAACUGUGAUGGAGAAAUCCUGCCUCAUGCUGCCAUUCAAGUCAGAGUACACUGCAAGCUGAUCAAGCUGUUUGCGAGAGGGAUUGAAGAGCAGUCUGUCUUUGAGGAACCUUACCCUCUCAGUGCAAUAUAGAGUUGCCUGUCACUGGAAAGAAAAACCCUAACUUGCCGGACCAUGAAGAAUCCCAAACCUUUAGGUCAUAUUUCGGUUCUCUUUGUAGCAUUUGCUGGAAGCGACGUCAUUAGUUUGCAUGUAUGCACCGCAGUUGAGGAGAGAGAGAGCAUCCAGCUGGCUAUUUAAAGAUCACUGAAGUCACAGUGGUAGAGGCUCAGAUGGGUUAAACCUGUAUCCCUACAGUAUUGCUAUGUUUUAACAAAUUCGUUCUUUUAGAGUGACUAAGUUGCUAAUUAUUUUUCUUACCCCACCCACCAUGAGCAUGAUUUCUGUCAGUCCCCCCCCUUUUUUUUUUUUUUUUUUUGGUCAAGCUGGUCUUGAUGUUUUGGGCGGUAGGAUCCCAAAGUUUGAACAUAACAUGCAAAUGUUUUCUUUACUGGAAGGGAUAUACCCAACAUUAUCCUGCCGCAGUUGCUGUUAUUAUUAAACAUUAAUGUAUUUGCUUGCUUCACUUAUUUCCUGGAAAUCGUGUUUGACUGUUGUAGUAACGUUUAGCUGUUAUUUCCAGCAGCUAACAUGUGUAAUAUAUUAAUAUUAAGUGUUUUUGUAGCAGUCCGGUACUGGGACGCAGUGUAGCUGAUGGCGACGAACAGUCUGUUAGUGAUUUAUGAUUAUCAGGAUGUUCUACUAAUGAAUAAGAAGGUAAAUUGCUUCUUAGGAGCUUGAACCCCAUGCCAAAAGUCAGGCAUUAUCUGUAGAUAUUUAACCUGUUGUGUCCCAUUAACAUGGUCAGAUUUGGUGCCAGAGCCUCAGUUGAAUGAAUGCAUUCUGAGCUCUGGACUAAUUGUAGUUGAUGACCUGGUGUAGCUUUGUCUGCAACAUGAUUCUCCUGUGUGUCAACCGGUUUAGGAUCUCAACCCUUUAUUGCUUAUGUGCUUCUUUUGCUCAGUUGUUUCUCUCUGUAAUGAUAGUAGCUAUCGGGCAUCCUGUUCUGUGGCCUUUGUGCUGAAGGUUUAAUAUGCAUAUUCCAAGGUUGUGUUCUUUCACCAUCAGGGGACUUUGAACAGCGUGUGAUUUUAAUGAAAUUGCCUCUGCGCUGUAGUGCAUCUGCUGUUUGAGAAGCUGAGGUAGUGCUGUGCUUGAGUUCAGAGGUGGUGCUCUGUCAUUUUCCUCAUACUGAAGGAAGAUCUGGUUAAUCAUUCAUCUCAACUCCACCCCUCAUGUAACUCAAGUAAAGAGGAGCUGCUGAAGUGCGUGGUAACACUAGCAGUCAGUGCCAUGCCAUGUGUGGGGUUUUUGUUUUUUUUAAUACAAACGACAGCCAUCGGACAGAUGCUGGGUUUGGCAGCCCGGUUCAUGGCCAAUCAAACACUUAGGUGCCCAUAUGCAUCAACCGCUGUGUCAACAAACCUCCUAUUUGAGCACACAGACAGCCCUGAGCUCUGACUUCAUCUGCACCAGAAGCAUAAUUCAAAAUCAUCUUCAGCCCCCUCGUAAAUAUCACUCCCAUCUACGCUUUCAGGACUGCAGCUGCCACUAAUUUAUGAUCCAGUGCUGGCAGUUGUGACGAGCCUGUUUGCCGCACAUUACAGCAUCAUCUCUAUCCACAACCCCCACAUGUACAGCUACCACAAACUCUGUAGUGAUCACUGUGAGCAAAGCGACUCUUCCCUUAGAUAUGCUGCCUAGAUAACGAAGUCUGAGUUGUGGCUGAAAAGCAGGAUGUUCAUCUCGCAGGCUUCGAGAUGACACAUGGAAUGAUGUCUGACUGGAAAUGUACAUUGAUGCAUGUUACCAAAAAAAAAAAAACCUUAAUAAAGUUCUUCAAAACGUC